AUGCUCCCAUUACGGAUCUCAAGGCAAAGUUUUCCAAGGUUAACGCGCCUAUACUCCCAAUCUUCCUUGGAAGCUAAAUAUGCCCAAAAGCUGCGUAAACGAGCACAGGAAGCAGGAACCACUGUAGAAGAACUCAAAGCAAAGAUCAAGUCGGACCAACAAGAGGCUGGACGCCAGAAUGCAGUUCCAGUAAAUCAUACUGGCGGCCUCUCCAUAAAACCAUCUUGGAAACCUUCCUCGGGAGCCAAGGGCCGAAAAGACAGCUCGCCUGUAAAGCCAUUGGACACAAUUCUCAAUCUUCCGCGUAUCAUGGCCACCCCGCACUCUGCUGCGCAGGUUUCUUCCCUGUGGACUGCCUACCAUCUCUCGCGCUCAGGUGGGACUGGCCGCGGAUAUCUCUGUGCUUCCAUUCCAUUGCCUCUCUACUUGAAAAUGGAAGCAGUAGGCCAAAAAUAUCCGUCUUUCGUAGUCGCCUUGCCGCGCCCAAAGAAUCCCUCUGAUGACCAAUUGGCGGAAAAUGGUUCUGAUACUGCAUAUGAGUUUUACUUUUUGCAGUGGAGUUUCCACGAUCGACCUCCCGUUCCCUCCCCUGAGAACAAUCCCUUUGUGAAUACGACUCCAGCACCCUCAAAGAACCCACAAAUCUCUACCGUGCUCUUCACACCCUUGCAGGAAUACAAGCUCCGAGGUGCAUACGCAACCCCAUAUCUUGUCUUGACACACUACACAGAUCUGGCAUCCACCCACGGCAUUUCCCUUUUGAGAGGAGAAAUUACUGCGUCUUCUGCGGGUACUGAUCGCUACCUAUUAGGCCAAGACGAUGCACAGUUGUUAUCAAUGGCUAUCCAAAAAUUUUAUCUCUGGGGAGAAAACAAGGAGUGUGGCGACAGCGAGCGUCUCCUGCGCACUUUCCACGACAAUCCAGGUGAAUUCAAAUGGAAAGAGUUACUAAAAUUCGGGAGCUUGAGUUUGUAA